GCCCCUCGGUCUGUUACAACCCACGUACCAAUUGGAUACGGAAGCCUUUGGAUUCCUCGAUUGGACGUAUACUACAAUUGUCCCUGGUCACAUGGGUCGUAUUUUUAUCGAACACCUUGGUGGUGACAAGGUGUUCCUGUGCAAAACAUGUGGAAUACCGCUUUCAAGCGAUAAAGAAAUUGUUAGUACACGUUUUAACGGAUCCAGUGGGCCAGCCUAUCUAUUUAACCGUGUGGUCAACGUUGUGUUUAGCUCGGUGCAGGACCGGAUAAUGAUUACUGGCCGUCACCUUGUUUGCGAUGUCAUGUGCAUCAAAUGCAAUACAAGAUUGGGAUGGAUUUACGAGCACGCCGCUGAAAAUAGUGAAGUGUACAAAGAAGGCUUAGUUAUCCUGGAAAAAUCACUUUUCGUGGAGCAUGACGGCAUCACUGACCCUUUAGAAGAAGAUUGAAUCCCCGGUUGUUAAGUCACUUUUGGCUUCCCUUUGUCCUGCAUUCAAUCCGAGAUACCCUCGUCUGUCAUUGUCGUCAGUAUUUUUCUUACGUACUUUUUUUAUCAGCUUCUUUGGCCCUGAACUUUUCUUCUGUUUUUUGUACUUCAGAAUUCUCUCAUCCAAAAGCUUGCUUGAUUACUGUAUCUUCCUUUUUUGUGACCACAUCAGCAUGCUGUCGCUUCUAAUUACGAGCAUUCUCGGAAUUUUCACGUAUACUGCUUAGCUUUUCGGAACAGCACCAUUAAUAGCUGUUUCCAGUUACAGUUAGCAUUGCUUGACUGUGAUUAGGUCUGUCACUGAUCGCACUUGCUUUGGUACGUUGUGACUCGCCUAUGUUGACCUCCACUAUUAAAAUGGAAGUUAGGUCUGGCGAA